UCACUCCACGAGAAAGGGCUCGUUCUUCCUUCCUUUUUUGAGGAUAUUCAAAACAUGGUGUUAACAUCAGCAUAAAUAACCAAAGCGUGCGAUAAGUAGCGCACUUGGCGGUAGUAUUCCACAUAAAAUAGGGUGUCAAGCAAGUGCAGCAAGCCCUCUCCGUAUAAGUAUUGUUCUCACGCUUCUUCGCGGGGCAUUGUGGGAGCAAGAUCCAUCCAAGAUAGAAUGCGCAUGCGUCGAUAACAAUGGCGGAGGUUGAUCGUAGUACUAAGUGGAGAGGCUUACCCCAGCCACAGGCUCUGCGUUUUGGAUGUGUUUUCCUGCCUGGGGUCAUAAACGCUUAAUGACAACAGACUUUCUGAAGCAGGCAUGUGGAAGCACUUGUUGGGAGAAGUACAGCCAUUGUUUGUAUUGAUAUGCUGAGGCGACUGAGUAUCUGGUCCCAAGAGUGGCGGAGGGAGCGGUGCCCAGCCACCCCCCAGCUCUGACUCAGCCCUGACCGUGGCACCGACACCGCCAGGAGAAUCAGCGGUGGUGGUGGUGGUGUGGGGGCUGUUUGGCUGCAGUCAAUUUGUGCGAUACGACUAAAUUCCCCUUCCCUGCAAGGAACUGUGAGUGUGCGUGCGUGCGUGAAGCGACCACCAUUAUCAUGGCCACGUGCUCCGCCUAGGGUGUGACGUCAGCAGCGCGGAGUCGCGCUCGGGGGAGCCAGGAUGAGUGCGGGCGCUGCGCACAAACUCUUCGAUGUGCAGAACAUCUACGGCACCCCCCAGGUUCUCCGGAAAAAGCCUUGCCUGCGGCCACGGCGCAUGACGCUCAUAGACUUGAGAAAUGUGCCCUUGGCAGAAGAAGAUGCACCUCACCGAAAAACAAGUUCCGGAACUAUCCGGUCUGAAGGUGGACUGAGUCAGUACAGUAAGUCAGGGAUAAGCCACAUCCAUGACAGCACAGAUAGUCUCCAGUCUCCACGGACCAACAGCAUGCGCACUAAACACACCUCAUGUGGAAGCUUAGAUGGGUCCUCUCGCUUUCCAAAGUUGGAAGAAUGUGCACACUUCCAUUAUGAUUUUGUAGAAUUUGGUCCAGUCCAGGUGACAGUGUGCGAAGAGGAUAGAGAGAACUAUCGACACAAUGAUCGGGAACAAGGAGAGUGCGCAGUUCUUCUUCGCGUGUGCUGCAAUAACAAAGCAUGGAAUGUGCGGCGCACGCUUUCGCAUUUCACAACCUUGGACCGGCAACUUCACCGAUGCAUUUUUGACCGCAAGUUCUCCCAGUUGCCCGAACUGCAGACCUCAGGUCUUCAGGUCAAAUCACGACAGGAACUGGAAUCCAUUCUUCAGGGUUACUUAAAGCGCUUCUCAGAGAUUGCUGGCAGCAUGAUCAACUGUGGCUCCAUUCUCAACUGGCUUGAGAUGGACAAUCGUGGCAAUCGACUACUUGCUGUUGAUGACUCAGGUAUAAAUACCCCAGCUAUAGCUGCUGCUCAUGCAGUGAAGCGGUAUAAUGCCCAGGCAGCAGAUGAAAUUUCUUUGCAGGUUGGAGACAUAGUGUCAGUUAUUGACAUGCCCCCUGCAGAGGAUACCAUCUGGUGGCGAGGAAAACGGGGCUUUGAGGUGGGGUUCUUUCCUAGUGAGUGUGUGGAGGUGAUAGGAGACAAAGUCCCUCCAUCGAUGGCCAACUGCAUUUUGAUGCCUGGGACCACGGGCACCAGUCCUCCUUUGAUCAGAAAGCAUGGAAAAUUGAUGUCCUUUUUGCGGACAUUCUUCUCAACUCGUCCAGCAAGAAAUCAGCUGAAACAAUCUGGCAUCGUGAAAGAGCGUGUCUUUGGCUGUGAUCUUGGCGAGCAUCUGCUGAAUUCUGGCCACGAUGUGCCGCUUGUGCUGAAAAGUUGUGCAGAAGUGAUAGAGAGACAUGGCAUUGUUGAUGGCAUCUACCGCCUCUCAGGAAUCACUUCCAAUAUUCAGAAACUCCGGGUUGCUUUUGAUGAAGACCAUGUACCAGAUUUGGAGGCCACUUACUUGCAGGACAUCCACAGCAUUAGUUCUUUGCUCAAAAUGUACUUCCGUGAGCUACCCAAUCCCUUGCUCACCUAUCAGCUGUAUGAAAAAUUUGCUGAAGCUGUGAAGGAUGAGGACAACAAACUGCUUCGGAUUCACGAUGUGGUGCAGCAACUUCCUCCACCUCAUUACAGGACCACAGAGUACCUCAUGCGGCAUCUAGCUAGAGUUGCGAGCCAUGGAUUGGAGACCGGCAUGCACUCCAAGAACUUGGCCAUAGUAUGGGCACCAAAUCUUCUAAGGUCCAAAGAGCUCGAACUUGGUGGAGGUGCUGCAGCCUUGCAGGGUGUUGGCAUACAGGCAGUGGUAACUGAGUGUCUCAUAUGCUACUGUGACAUCAUCUUCAGCGAUAAGAUGCCCUCCUACAGUUCACCUCAUUUGCAGAAAUCUCAGAAAAAGCCUCGUCCAAAAUCCCUGGCAAUAUCCACUCCAACGCGACUUCUUUCUUUGGAGGAGGCACGUGAAAGAGCAUUUUUUGGAAACCUUACUCAUAGCCAGCGCUACAUAGAUGUUGGAGGAGGACCUUCCAGUCUUCCCAACACCUAUCACACUGUUAUAGAUCUUCCUGGCUACAGGAAAAAGCCCAGUAAAGAAAACAAAGACUCAAACAAAGGCAAGAAGUCGCCUGUUGGUGGGUGGAAGUCCAUAUUCUCUAAACCUCGUUCUGGAAGUGUCAAGAAGGCAAGAAAGACAAGCAUACAAGGGGAUGAUGUUUCACUAGGAUCAGCACCUAGAAAGGCCCUCACGGAAGAAGAUGUGCACAACUGGAAAAAGCGGCUGCGCAGUGCCAAGUCAGCAGAGUCUCUGUUGUCAGUCAACCCAUCAUCUCGUAGUAGCACUGGCAGCCAUGCUUCCAGUCUUUUGACAUCUCCUGAUGGAUACUUAAGGAGCAGAGAGGAAUUCUUGCAGCCCUACCAUAAACGCUCCCUUUCGUCUGAUGCCUCUGCAGUUCACCACCACCAGUCACACUCUGCCUCCAGUUACUCUGCAGAUGUACCCACAGAUGUCAAUCCAGAUGGUCAAACUUCACCUACCAGCAGCCACCAGUCCAGGGCAGAGAGGCGCACAGAUCUUCCCCGGAGGCAAUCUUUUGUGAGGGGAGACUCCACCAGAAAGGCAUUACAUCGUCGGGUUCCGUCUGCCCCAAGCACUCCCCGCUUGGAACGUGACCCAGACAGGAUGACAGGAAGGGGAGUUAAUGGUCAGCAGAGAGCAGCAUCCCAGACAGGCCUGGACAGUCUCCCUCAGUCACCGGCAUCAGACUUCAGCCAGCUGACCACACCCACCUUGGACAGCAGUCUGGGAAUCGACAUUGAUGCUGCCAUCAAUGCUCGUCUGCAACAGAUGGCAGCACAGACCCGGAUUGCACGGACCAGCCAUAGCUCUCCUGCUUCUCCCGACAUUCCUGCCCAUGCAGAUCGCCACAGGCCACCCAGGCAUGACAGCAGCCUGUCAUCUGAAGAUCCUGUUAUGACAGUAGAGUUGCACGCCAGCCCAAACACUCGGCGACGUGCAGAUUCCACUCCCAAUCAGACCAAGUUCUUUGUAUCACGGUACCAUGACUAUGCAGAGAUUCUGUCUGAUGAUGAAAAAGAUUCAAAGGAGAUGUCUGAAGGCAAUGCUGUAACAGGCAUGGAGGAUUUAGUAGAUAAACUGGAGCAGAAGCUUUCUUCUGCUGGAACAAUGUUCUACCUUCCUGACAGUUCUGACAACAACAGUGCUUCUCUGCAAGUUUCAGAUGGUGCUCCUGCUGGAUACAGUAAUGCAUCCACACAUAGAACUGUGGAACGUGUGGCUGCAGCAAAAGGUUCCACUCAUGUGCCUAGCACCCAAGUAGUACGCAGAAGAGCUGAAUGGAUACCUUCUGAUUCGACACUGCAUAACUCUUCUAUGCAGCAGACAGGCAUACCUGUGGAGUUUCAAGAACUAGUGCCGCGCUUGACAGAGGGGAAGGAUGCUACAAUCAGUGGCAGUAGUUAUCCUAGUGAUGGUCAUUGGCAGGUCCGACCUGAUGGUGGGUCAGGCAGCUCCACUCAGAGUGGUAUGACCAAAUGCUUGAGUGUUCCUUCAGAUAUUGCCCUUUCCUUGGAGAAUAUAACGGCUAGUCAGUCUGACUUGUUGUCGUCGGUAACCAUAAGUGAGCUAUCUCAGUCUGUAAACAGUUUUGGUGCUGGUCUGCAAGAGGACUCCCCGAUGCGAGAAGAUCCACGGUGGCGUCGAAGCACGUCGCUUGACAGUCUGGAAACAGAGAGCACCCUCUGCCGGUCUUUGCGAGCCAUCAAUGCUCAGAUGGACUCAGCUUUUCACCAGCAUCUGGACCGUGCCUUACAGCUGGAGGAGGAAGGCUAUGCGCGUCAUGCAGAAGCUGCAGCACUUUCUCCCCUUCACAUCUCAGAAGACAACAGUAGUGCUUCUCUAGUCAAGGAAACACAUUUCCCAGCAACAUUUGAAACAACUAACACAAUAUCAGAUACAUGUGAGAUUAAAGCAAGCUCUACCAAUCUUGCUCGUCACUGGGACUCUGGUAGUACAAUUUGUGGCAGUGACAAGUCUUUUGAGGAUAACCUUGUACAGAACAAUAUCCAUGACAGAAAUCCAUCUCAGACCAUCCCUUUCACAGCAUCUAAUGAGGUCUCCUGGCAGAUGAAAUAUGAAGAUGAUGAAGCAGUGAUAAGACAAAACAGGGUUUCAGCAGAUAAUGUACAUUUGACAAAUAAUAAAGAAAGGUGGGAUGUUGGUGGGAUAUCUGCUCCUCCGGUUCUUCAGCGUCGACCUUCCUCAAGCAGCUCUGGUAGUUCGUCUGAUGUGGGAGAGGACAGUGAUGACAGCUUUGAGAUUGUUUACCAUGCCCAGCCAGUGGAUGCUACCCCCAUAUGCUAUGAAGUUGCGUGGAAAACAGCGAGCAGCAGAGAGUCUUGCAGCAACCAGGGCCAUGAUUCCACAGAUUCCUGCGGGGUCCUUACUGGGGUACAUGAUAUACAGGCGAGACGCUCAGGUGACUUCCCUGGAGACUCGAGACAGAUUUCGCAGGAUGAUAUUCCAUGGAGACAAAGUCCCUUAUUCGGAGAGUUUGAGAGGCAGAGAAGUGAAAAUGCUUUUGUUUCAGACCUUAACCAUGGCUCUCACCAUGCUGUCACUCCAGCAGACAGGUCUCUGCAGCCCCUGCACACUUCUCAGCAGCUUCCUUGUCAUAUCCAGACAUCAGCAGGUCUGAAUCUGGAUCUGCCUGGUUCCUCUCGGAACCUGCAGACUUCUCCAACUUUAAGCUGUGCACCUCAGUAUAGCUGGCACUCUGAUUCUGAAGUUUCGACUGUGAGCUCUUUAACAGACCAGAUACAGACUAAGACAGAAAGUGAAAAGAGCGUAGAAAAUGCAGAAAGUCAGCCAUUGCACCUGAUGCUAUACCAUCCUGAUGAGUUCAAGGUACCACCAGCUGCCGUUGGCAGAAGCUCUUCACUGUCCUUACCUCAGGUGCAUGUGAACAGCGACACUAUCACAGAGGAGAAGGCCGUCAUCAAAAAGUCAAGCUUUCGAAAGUCCCCGACAGAAACACAGAUAGCUGCUUCCUGCUUAGAACCUUCUGCUGAGUAUGGGCAACCUGCCUGGCAAAGCCUGCCUCGAGAUGCCAGUUUGUGUGGAGGGAUGCCAGCAUCAUGUUGGAGACAGCUGGCUAAAGACAGGACUCGGGAACCUGUGGCCGUAGUAGAGAAAGAGCCUGAAAAGCAGCAUCUGGGCUCUGGCUCAUCCCAUGACAUGUCUGGGUCUUGGUCAGGCUUCAGCCAGUCAGCAGAUGGAGGCAUGUAUCUUCAUCAGGCUGAGCAAGAUGCCAUGGAGGUGGAUAAUCUGUGCAACAAACUGGUUGACGAACUGCAUUCAUCUUGCGGCUUACUUGACACGCCUCCAAAAAGUCCACAGAGUCGCCAGCAGGCUGGUCCAAGUCCCUACCACAGUGUCUCAGGUGCUUACAAAAGUCCACCUGAAUCACCAGGCAGACGUGUUCAAGUCCAGACUGUGUCUGAGCAUCAUGUAGAGGACUCGGAUGUUCGGCAGAGGGUCAUUCAUGUGGAAGGUUACGGAAAUGUGCCCGAGGAAGAGCUGCAGAAUGCACUCAAUGCAGGCAAAGAGAUGCUGAUGGCGCAUGCAUCAGCAUCCUCGCCAGGCAGCAGACCCAUCAGCUCCAUUUUGCCAGCAGCAGUGCUUCCUGGAAAGCCUGUCACCAACAAAGCUACCCAGGAACGACGCUUAAGUGCAUCGCGAAUCCCUCGUUUCCACAAGUGGACGGAGAGCAAAGAUGAGAAGCGUCUACUCUCAGAUGUGAUGCAAGCUGAAUCACAGCAGUCUUCCUUAUCCUCAACCAGCCAGACAAUGAUUUCAUCUUACAUUACAGACAGCAAAUCAUGUGCUUCCUCAGGAAAAACCAGAGAGCCCGACAUCAACAGGAUUAGCAGCACUGCCACCUCCUCUUCCUCUUCUUUUUCAUCCACCUCCUCUAAAGUGUCAAAAAUUCCUCUUUCACAGAAGAUGCCCAGUCCCACAGGCAGCAGCAGUUCUCGCGAGUCUCAGCAAAAGGUGUGCAAAGGUGUCAGCCCAUCUGCAGUGCACAAGAUCUCUAGCAAGUCACCACAAACAAACAAGUCUUCCCAAAGCCUAAACCCUAUUCCCAAAGCCAGAACCUCAAUACACAAAUCUGACGUGGCCCCACCAAUGGAAGAGGUUCUAGAAGUCACACGGCCAUCUGUUAAGAAGCGAACUCUGAUCAGCCAGGGCAAACUAGAAAGAGGUACAAUUGUGAAGGAAGUUAAGAUGGAUCGAGGUGGGGCAAAGCUGAUUAUCGAGAAACAGCCAAACAUGAAAAAGAAAAUUCAGACUGUGCAUGCACGCAAAGUUCCCCACCCACCACGGCAGAUUGCAGAAGCAUUAGAUGGUGAUGGUUGUGAUUCGCUGUCAGUAGACAUGUCAAGCACAGGUCCCUCUGACAUUGAGCACUCUGGUAUGUCCAGUCAGGAGGAUGAGGUCUUUAGCGAUGAAAGCCUGCGUCCAAAGAUGAGUUGCAGAGAGCGUGGCAUGAUCUCACGAGCAGCUGGCUGGAUGCAUGGAGUUCCCAUGUCACCUCAGCUAGAGCGAACACCCACAGCAAGUGAUCCAUAUCACCAGCUGGCUGCAAGUCGCUCCUCACUUGACGAUUCGAUAUUGCAGCUGGCUGCUGAGAGGCAUGACAACUUCAUACCUGACUGGGAAUCAACAGGUGAAGGGGGAUACAACACCGGCUCCCUUCGCGCAAGACGCUCACUGAAGAUGCAGAGUUUGAUGGAACUUUUUGAAAAAGCAUCCAUCGUGCGAAACAUGGAUGGCGGUGCCGAUGCCCGGUCAAGAGAACAGUCAGAAUCCACCUCGGGCUCCACCACAAUCAGCGCUUGCUCCCAGGAAAGAGAAGUAGACACAGAUGAUGAUAUUUUUAGCCCCCCUUGUCCUAGAUUACCCAUUUCUAUGUCUCACCGAUCUCGCUCAAGGGAACGUGCUGUGCGCGAUCAGAGCCAGGCUUAUCCUCGAAGAUCAUCACCUAGCCCAUCUCUUCAGCAUCGAAACUCAGGUGCAGGAAGAAUUUCAGAGACAAGAGUGUCCUCUGUGGGUAGAGGAAAACGUGACAGCCACCAGAAAGACCUGAGUAGGAUGGAAGGAGGCAGAGCUUUGGGCAGACCUCCACGCCACAGGAGUGCUUCCCAAAGCUGUGCCUACAGUGACUCUUCAACGUCUGAGUCCGACAAUACACUAUAUCGUGAGCGAACAAGUAGCCUGAAGCCGAUGACCCACAAGGUUGGACAUGGAGGGGAUUGCAAGACAGAUGAGAAGUGCUCAGAGGACUUGAGCCCCAGCAGCUGGGAGCUGCUGUCAUCCAAGGAGAACAGGCAGGAGUGUGUGCAGCGGCGAGGAAGCAUCAAAGAACUGCGGCAGCUGUUUGAGAAAUGUCUGCAGGGGGGAGGUGAAGACAGGCCAGAGAACACAGAGAUGUCUCCACCAAUACCUGUGAGGCGUUUUGUGCGCACACGCAGCGUCUCCCCAGCCCUAGAGAGCGCUGUGGCACAGGUGCUUAGCACCAGUAGCAUGAGAAGGAGCUUAGAGCUCCCUAGCACUUCAUCUGGGAACCAUGGGGACUCAUUGAUUGCACCACAGCCCUUAAGGCUUGGUCCUAAACCUUUCUAUGGCUCAAAGAAAUAGUGUUGGAUGUUUUCGCAGAGGAUUUUUUGUUUUUGGACUGUGCUGGCUGAUAAAAAGAUUUCGUUUUAGACGAAGACUCCUUUGAAUAUCGAUUAUACUCUAGGUGCAUAUUGGACACCAUGUAGUGUGUUCAUUCACUGUUGGAUCCUCGUGGGGAAAAGUCUGAUUUGCUUUGCAGGCUGAGAUGAAGCUUGCUUUGGGCAGUUUUAAAUUUUUUUUUUUUUUUGUCCUCUGUGUACAUUAGAGACUGUGCUGUGCAAUAUUUUACCAAUGCAGAUUUUAUUGGUCACUUCAGCUAUUUGUGAAUCUCGUAUACAAAGGUAGUUACUAGAGUAUUAUAUGUUUUAUUUUUUCCUAAUGAGGCUGACAAGAGUGUAGUUAUGUGUUAAAGAUAUGGACAAAGAGAUAAAAUUUUUAAACUUUUAAUUUAUAUUACCCGUCUCUUGUAGAAGUGGUUGAGUUGAGGGUAACUGAGAGAUGCAGCAUGUCUUGCUUUAUAUGUUGACUUCUUUCCUCCAUCCUUCAUCCUCAAGAAUAAUGGCACUUUUGGAAGAGAUUAUAAUUGUAAAGUGUAGGACAGCAUUGUGUCACAGAAGGGCACAUAUUUUGCAUCUUUUACAUGGGCAUUUGCCUACUUAGGCUGAUUGAGACUUGUUAAUAGAAGAUGGAGACUUUGGAAAUGGUGCUGAGAUAGCCGAAAGACUGUGAGAGGUAUCCAUUAUGAAACCUUAAAUCUUGCACACCAUGACAUGAAGGCCACACUUUUAGUUUCUUAGGCUUGUGGAGAUGCUUGUAGUGGCAUGAACUUAAGAUCGGAGAAACGAGCCCUUGUGUGGAUGGAGAAUCAAAAUGUUGUGCGUCACCCACCUCACCCUUCAUUUUCAUCAUUGGAAAGCUGCAGUCAAGAAGAGAGAACUGUCACAUUAUUUUCAGUCAAACACAUCUAGUCUGUUGCAAGCAGGUCUUUCAGCACAUCUACAUAUUAAAUCACUUUUUGAAAAUCAGUACUCUGUAUGCGUAAAGUUUAAAUCAUAAAAGAACAAGAAGAAAGGACCAAUGUUAUCAAGUAGGGGAAGUAAUCAUUGUGAAUGAAUCUAUGGUGCCUGUGGUAGUAGGAGUGUUUGCAGAUGUAUGUGUUUCUUCAUAGCAGUUUUACCUGUGUGCAUGAGAUUGAGAAAUAGAACUUUCUAGUCUUGGAAUUUGUUCAUUUUAUUUCACAUUGCUUUGUCCAAAAUCAGAUGUAAGGAAUUUGGUGGCUUUGUGCAGCUUGGUGUUUUGCUCAUUAGUUCAGAAGAAAAAUUGGAAAAAGUUCAUUUUGAUGCCAUAUAAGUAGAAUGUUGAGUUAGCGGGGGUUUUUGCACUGAAAUGGUAAGGUGAAAGUUGCAAAUUGCAGUUCAUGUUGCUCAUGUUGAGAUGUCUCUACAGAGUUCAAGUCAUUGAUUUUUAGCGAUUGUUAAUCUCUGUCAUCACAGUUAUGUAAGGUAGACAUUAUCAGUACACAGGCUGGAACAAGGCGAAGGUGUCCCACUGGAAUGUCUGUAAUAAUAGUUCUGAGCAUCAGAAUGAAGGAGAAAUUUUGUGUGUGUGUGUGUGUGCAUGUAGUUUGUACAUGCAAGAGAGAUGUGUGUAUGAGUGUCA